GGGACGAAGACUCAAGAGUGAGGGAGAAACUAGAGAGAAAUAUAACUGGGUUGUGAACUAGUAUUGAUCAUACUUGUUAGGCAGAACUAGAGAGAGAUAUAGAGUUAAAAAGAAAUAAUGACAAGAUUUCCUCCAUUUGUAGCUAUAAGUGCAAACGUCAAUUCCACUAAAUUGUUCAUGACACAGGUAAAUAAAGGUGACCGGACCGGUUUUCUCGAAUUCAGUUCAGCCGAAGAAGUGCCUAGCUUAAAAGCAAAGUUUGCUGUGGAGAGUGCCGAAGAUGAUAGAUUUGUUCACAUAAAAUGUUGUUCCAGUAAUAAAUACUGGUGCUGGUGAUAUGUUCUUUUCUUAUACAUACAAUUUCAACUGUGUAAUGUAUUACUCACUUUGUCUAUAUUUUAUUACUGCGUGUUUGCACCUGUUUUUUUUUUUUGUUGUUUUUUUUUUAAGUGCACCUGGUUGAAAAUUGUAAAAGUACAUCCAUGUAUUUGGGAAGGUUGAGGUGUUGGAGUUGUUGCAUACUUGCAUCACUUCCCACCUUAUAUCCUUGAUUCAUUUCAGGAAUAUCUUUUAUCUCCCCUCAAAACAUACCAUCUUUAUCUUACCUUAAGGCUCCGUUUGGUAGGGCGUAAAAUGUUUUUCCGGAAAACUGUUUUCCUCUAUUUUCAGUUUUACAUUGUUUGGUUGGCAAAAGGGUGUAAAACCAUUUUCCCUUGGGGUAAAAUUACUCUCCCAAUUAUGGAAAACCAUUUUCCUUUCAAAAUGAAAGGAAAACUAUUUUCCUUAUCUCUCUUGUACACUCCUCUCACUACCUCCUUACUUUCCCUUUCAUUUUCCUUUCAUUUCAUCAUUUUUCUUACAUCGAACCAAACAACGGAAAACUAAUUUUGGAAUUGUGUUUUCCAUUGUAAAUUGUUUUCCAUGAAAAUCAUUUUACACUGAAAAUGUUUUACACCCUAUCAAACGGAGCCUAAAUGAUAGUUUUUGCCCAAAUUAAUCUAGAAAAAAAUAAUCCAAUUAAUGCCAUAAUUAAAACCCUCUCAUUUCUUUUCUCUCUGCCAAAUUGUGAAGUAAAUACUAGGGUCUAGGGGCAUAGGGCAAAAAAGUUGUGGCAAAUCGUGGCAUGGAGUAAUCCCUUGCAUUGUCUUAGUCUUACAUGAAUUUCUUCUUAGCUUUUGUUUUGUUGUUUUCGGGCUUUCCCCUGUUUUGCACCAUACAUUAGAGAAGAAAAUAUUUCGUAACUCCCUCCCCUCCCUAAUGGAGAUCAAUACAUUAGCCAGCGCGUAAAUUACUCACUAGAAAUCGACAGUAAAAAAUACAGAGUAAUAAAAUUUCGUUUAAUGAGUUAUCUUUUACUUAGUAUUAAUGUCUAUUUACAGUUUUACACUAAUUAGUUUAAUUUAGUGGAUAGAUAAGGUGUUUAUCUUCCAUAGCUAAUGAAAUUGAUACUUACCCACUUAGCAGAGUACAGAGUAUAAGUGUAUAAAUAGACUACUAGAAAAGAGAAGUUUUUUUUUUUUUUUUUCUGUUGAUGAUGAGGGGCUGAUAUUUUGUAACAUUAGUAACACUAGAGGUAGAAAAUCGGAGAUAUCGGAUAUCCCUAUGACGACGCUGAGAUUUCACAACUUUAGACGCAGAAAUAUAAUUUCAUGCAAUUCCAUUUGAGGCUUGCAUCACAAUCCCGAAGCCAGUAAAGUAAUACUCCCCCCGCUCAUAAUAUAAGUCUUUUUUUCUUUUAAAGUAUUCCAAAAUACAAGUUCUAUUUCUAUUUUUAAUCAAUAAUUAUGCUCAAAAUACUUUCAUGAAAUUCGUUUUAUUUGCAAAAGUUCUCAUAAUUUCAGCUUCCAAUGUAGGGUUAUUAAUGAUAAAAUGAAAUAUUUUUCCCCAUUGAACUCCUCUAUGCAUUAAAUCAUCCAACAUUAAUGUUCAGUUUUAUUUUUUGCUCAAAAGAAAAAAAAAAACAAUGUAAGUGUUUCCCAAUAAAAUGAAUCUUUUUAUUCAAAUAAAACAAGAUUUUAAUUUAGGUUAAUUCUUUUGUAAAAUCAGAAUCAAGAAUUAUAUCAUCGGACGGAACUUGGAAGGAGUAUGUCAUUUCCUAUUGAUUCCUUACUUAUGAUUAUUGCAGGACACCGAAGAGCGGUAGUUAUAUUAUUGCAGCUGCAAGCGUUACCAGUGGAAAAUAAAGACGUAGGCAAUUGUACAUUGUUUGAAGUAAAAACCAAUAUCUCUGGAUCCGAAUACUCGUUUACUCAUGUUCAGAGUGGAUGCCAACUUACUUAUAGCGAUUCAUCGUCUUGGCAUGUUGUACUUGGUACAAAUGGAUCUUCGUUUGAGGUAAAAAGUUUCGCAUUGCUAGUGAGAUUGCCCAAACGUGUAAUAUUCAAGGGCGACAACGGGAAUUAUCUCCGUGGUCGAAAACAACAACGUAAACCAUUGCCAAUACAAGGUGUAGGCCUAGCCCUUGGGGGCGUCGUCUGGAUAGAUGACAGUCAUGAGUACAACGAGUUUUCAGCAAAGGACAAGAAAGAGCUAUCAGGCCACUAUGAGAUCACCCACUUUAAUGGGACCAUCCGCAUCAAGUCGUUACAUUUUAACAAGUACUUGAGACGUUCUCGAGACGAUUGGAUUUGGGGCGAUUCCACCAGUAGCAGCAAUGAAGACCCUGACACAUUGUUUGAGGUGGUUGCGCUUGAAGACAAUGCCAUUGCUUUACGUAACUUAGGCAACAAGAAGUUUUGCAAACGACUAUCCGAUAGAGGCUUUGAGAACUGCUUCAAUGCUGCGGCACCACAUGCCGAAGGUGCAGCACAUUUGGUUGUACACGAGCCUGUGUCUUCCAGAAUAAUUAAUGUCCAAUACAAUCUUGCCGGUGCUAGAAUCAUCAGCCAAAAACUCGUUCUUCACAGAACUGAAACAGCUAACAACACUGGGAAAGGAAAAGAUGCUGAACUUUCGACGACAUUGAAAUACAAAAAAUCGAGGAAUACUACUUGGAGUUCAACUACUACCUCAAGAAAAACUGCUACUGCUCAAAUGAGUAUCAAGCUCCCCAAAUUUGUUGAUGGGAAGAUUGAGCUUUUUGAUGAGAUUUCAAAAGAGGAAUACUAUGAAAAGGGGUCAUUUUUGUCAGUGGAGCAAGAAGAUAAAUACAAAAUCUAUAUACCGCCAAUGACUAAGGGCAUAAUACGGGGGUACGUAAAAGAAGUCAUCUAUGAUAUUCCUUUUUCUUCCAUUCAGACUGAUACAUAUACCACUGCGGAGACAGUUGAAAUCAGAGUUGAAGACGGUAUUUGCCGUGGUUUUGAGGCCUAUGACACAGAAUUUAGAUCAGAACUGAUACCACUCUGAUCAUUCGAAUCUCAUUUCACGUUUGUGCACCAAAUUACAAAAUAAGGGGCUGUUAUAGCACAUAUAUAAAUAUGCAGAAAUCAGAAUAAAUCACCAAAAGAUCCUUUAUAAUAAGGAGUUCCCUUACCAGGAAUUCUUAGUACUGUUGUACUUUCAUUUUGUUGAAAGACCACUAUAAUUGUACUACAUAAAUCAUGCAUGAAAUCCUUAUCUUUAAUCUUUCAAAUAUAAUAGUAAUGGUAAUACCUCUUUUUCUGUGCCCAA